CGGGUCGGCGGCGCGUGCGCGGGGAGCGGCCGGGACACGCGCGGACGCGUCGCGGGGGACGGCGCGGCAUGGAGUGCGGCCUCGCCGAGACGGACGUGCUGGAGGCGCUGGAGGACCUGGGUUACAAGGGGCCCUUGUUGGACGAUGCGGCUCUGUCCCAAGCAGUCUCCGCCGGGGCCACUUCCCCCGAGUUCACAAAACUUUGUGCCUGGCUGGUGUCGGAGUUAAGAGGACUUUGCAGACUGGAGGAAAAUGUGCACGCCACUAACAGCCCCGGGGAGGCCGAAGGAUUCCAGCUAGAGGUGAGCGGGCUCCUGGGAGAGAUGAACUGUCCCUACGUCGCCCUGACCUCCGGGGACGUGACCAAGCGCCUCCUCGUCCAGAAGAACUGCCUCCUCCUGCUCACGUACCUCAUCUCGGAACUGGAAGCUGCCAGGAUGCUGUGUGUGAAUGCGCCGCCGAAGAAAGCUCAGGAAGGCGGCGGGAGCGAGGUCUUCCAGGAGCUGAAAGGCAUCUGCAUCGCUCUCGGAAUGUCCAAGCCUCCCGCCAACAUAACUAUGUUCCAGUUCUUCAGCGGAAUCGAAAAGAAAUUAAAGGAAACGUUAGCGAAAGUGCCGCCUAAUCACGUGGGAAAGCCUUUACUGAAGAAGCCGAUGGGCCCCGCCCACUGGGAAAAGAUAGAAGCGAUUAACCAAGCCAUAGCCAACGAGUAUGAAGUUCGGAGGAAGCUGCUGAUAAAGCGUUUGGAUGUCACCGUCCAGUCCUUUGGCUGGUCGGACAGAGCUAAGAGCCAGACGGAGAAGCUGGCCAAGGUGUACCAGCCCAAGCGCUCCGUCCUGUCGCCCAAGAGCGCCGUUUCGGUCGCGCACCUGCUGGCGGCCCGCCAGGACCUGUCCAAGAUCCUCCGGACGAGCAGCGGGUCCCUCCGGGAGAAGACGGCCUGCGCCAUCAACAAGGUGCUGAUGGGCAGGGUGCCCGACCGCGGGGGCCGGCCCAACGAGAUCGAGCCGCCGCCCCCCGAGAUGCCGCCCUGGCAGAAGCGGCAGGACGGGCCCCAGCCGCCGGCGGGCGGCCGCGGCGGCGGCAGAGGCGGCUACGAGCACUCGUCGCACGGCGGCGGCGGGCGCGGCGGACGCGGCGGCUACGACCACGGAGGCCGCGGGGCCGGGCGCGGCGGGGGCAAGCCCCCGGGCGGCUGGACGGACGGCGGCGGCGGCUACCAGGACGGCGGCCCCCGGGACGCGGCCUUCCCGCCCGGCGGCUACCACGGCGGCUACCAAGGCGGCCACGGCGGCUACCAGGGCGGCGGCGGCUUCCCGCCCGCGGCCUACCCGGGCGGCGGCUACCAGGGCGGCUACCAGCAGGAGGGCAGAUACCAGGAGGGCGGCCACCACGGCGAGCGGGGCGGGCGCGGGGGCCGCGGCGGGCGUGGGGGGCGCGGCGGGCGCGGGGGCCCGGGCGGGGGCUGGGGCGCCCGGGGCGGCCAGAGCUACCACCAAGGGGGCCAGUUCGAGCAGCACUUCCAGCAGGGCGGCCACCAGUACAACCACUCCGGCUUCGGCCAGGGCAGACACUACACGAGCUGAGGCGGCGGCCGGACCCCGGCCCGCUCGAGCUCACCUAAUAGAAACUUAGGAUCAGGGUUUGGAACUGGGCGGCGGCUUUGGUGGGCGGGAGACCCCGGGCGCCAGGCCCGCGGGUCUCCCACGGGCUCGCCUGCUGCGGUGCGGAGCGCGGGCCCCUCUCCUCCAGGAAGUUUUUGACACAGGUGAUGGCCUUGAACCCACCCCUAGACUGACCUCACAGUCGACACCCGUCCCUGAUGUGGGGGGUCGGGGGCGGGAAGUGACUUGACGUUUCCGUGUUGUCAGUGCGCAGAUCUGAAUGCGGAAUCACCCAGACUUUUUUUCCAGGUCGACCACUAGGGAGCCCUUCUUGCAGUCAGUUGUUUUCUGUGUGUUCUCCUUCGGGUGUUCUAAGACCCGUUUUCCCCGCCCCCGGGGACUCUUCGUGCUCCGAGAGGUCACGCCGCCACUCUUGCUCGGUCACAGGACUGUUCGGUCUGUUCCUAUUAAAUGAGCUCGUCUGCAGCUAGCACAUCCAGUAGCCUUAUCCUUGGGACGGAAAACUGUACCCCGCGUGCAACUCUGAAGCCCCCGAACUCGCAGCCAACACCCCUCAAGACCUUACAGGCCCACUUCGGUGGUGAACCUCUAGAACACGUAGGCGUUUAGUUAAGUGUAGCGACUCCGACUGACCGGACUCGAAACAAGUUCCUCUCCCGGCCCUUCGUUUUACUUGAAGCACGCGAGAAGAAGCGGCAAACUGCGAUUUGUUUUCUGCACGAGUUCACGCCACUGGCCCCGCGGAUACACGGUGGUUGCUUCGGGCGGGAGACCUUUUUCGUUGCCGUGGAAGAGAUGCACUACAAGGUCACAGAACCGGGACCCGGGUGUGCUCGGUGCGGGCGGCCCUUCUUACUGCUGCAGAAAACGGGAGCCGGGCUGCGCUGGUGGUUCACGGUCUCCUUCACAAAGCCCGCAGGACGCUCCUGGCUGGGUUUUCCUGUACACGCACAUUGUCGAGCUGUGAAAGGAAGUGGCUGGAGGUAUGCUCUGUGUGGAAGGUGAGCAAUAAAGUCUAUGUUUGUUCUUGCU